CUCUCUCUCUCUCUCUCUCUCUCUCGCUCUCUGUAUCACAAAAUGCAAAUGAGUUAACAAUGCUCAUACGUUUCUAAUUCUAACCAAACCACAAAGUGCCAUCUAGAGAGAGAAAACAAUGGGGUUUUUUUUCCUGACCAAGUCACAAAGUGCCAUCUAGAGAGAGAGAAAAAGAGGAGGAGACAGGUGUGGGGGUGGUGACACUGAUGAUGGUUGAACAUGGAACUGCUGCAGCGGAGAAAAAUGGAGACUUUUCUUCAAUGGAAAAAAGCUCUCAACGUAAUAAUAAUGGGCCCAACAAUCCUUUACCCAACUUUCACGUAUUCUUCAAUCUCUAGUACCCAACAUCACAAAGCUACUGAUUCCACUCUCACUUUCACUUUCCAACCUCUCUUUUCCUUCUUCUUAUUCUUCUUCACUACCUCUCUCUUCUCUCUCCUCUGUUCUUCCACCUUCUUGAGUCUUUAAUGGCUGCCCCACAACUAAUUCCACAUUUUAUUAUGUGGGUUGGUGUUUGAGCCAUCUGGGUCUCUCUCUUUUUGGUCGGUGAAGAUACCCACAAAGUUAUAUCUGGCUGCAUAUCUAUUAUUAGUGGCCUAUUGUUAAGCCAUCUGAGUGUCAGGCUUGAUGUGGCUGUAUCAGUAAGGAAAUCUAUGUGAACUUAGCAUUCUAAAGGUCAUAGAAUCACCCAUUCAUUAUGGCAAAAAGAUCACAAAGACGCCCAGUACGACAUGAAAAAGAUCGGCCAGGGUGCAUAUGGGGUUUGAUUAAUAUCUUUGACUUUCAGCAUGGUAGAUCAACUCGCAAACUGCUUUUAGAUCGAAGGCGUGGGAACAAACAAGCUGUCGCUGGUGCCGGAUAUCUUAUGUCCAAAAUGAAUAUGCUGACAAAUUCCGAUGAGAACUGUGGAGGAAGCAUGGUUGGUGAAACAACAGCAGCUGCUGCUGAUAAGACUAGUGUAAAGAAACUCAUGGAAGAAGAGAUGUUGAGUGAACAAGACAUGAAAGAACAGAUCAGUGUUGCUGAAGUGGAACCAAAAGAAUCUAAUUCAGAAUGUGGACAUGUGAAAAAGAACCGUUGGAGAAUGAACAGAACUAGCAAGAGGUCUUGUGAUAUGCAUGUAUGUGAAUUGAAUACUACUGAAAACUCUUGUCAUCAAAUUUCAGAGCGAAAAACCUCAAAUGAUCUUGAUCUGGAAGUAAUACUGGAAGAGAUCUGCCACCAGAUCCAUCAGAAACACACCAGUUUUGUGAAGCAUGACUGGCAUGAUGAUCUUGACAUGCAGUCAAACCAGACAUAUUCUGUUUUCGAAGAAAAGUUAAGUGAGGCAAUUAAGGUGUUUGUAAAUCAGAAGUUUGCUUGCGAGAAUCAUCUCCCAGAAGACGGGAAACUCCACCCCUCCAAAGAAUUCAUGGAUGCGCUUCAGACAAUGAGUUCAAAUAAGGAACUGCUUUUGAAACUUAUAAAGGAUCGAAACUCAAUGUUGGUGAAGCGUGUUGAAGAUUCUCAGUUGGAUAAAGACAAAAAUCCCAAUUCCGUGGUGGGAACCAACUUGGUAAACUGGGAGCUAAGCAACUCAAGACCAUCUGAGCUUUCCAACCGUAAGAAGCACACCUUCUUCAGGAGAAGGAGCAAGUCUGAGGAAAGAAAUGAAUUGAAUGGGAAUGAGAAUUGUCAACCUUCAAACAGAAUUAUCAUUUUGAAGCCUGGACCAAAAGCCAUGCAAAAUCCUGAAACAGAUAGCAAACUUGGCACGUCAUCGCAAUCUCAUUGCAGCUUGGGGAAUAAAGGGCAAAAUGAGAGAAUUGCUUCCCAAUUUUCUUUUACUGAAAUUAAAAGAAAGUUAAAGCAUGCUAUGGGAAAGGAGCGGCAUGGGAUCUCUACAGAUGGUGUUACGAAUAGAUUUCUUACCAAGAGUCAAAAAUCUGGAAAGAGUGACAAAGAGGCUGGUAGAGAAAAUGGUGGAUGGGGUUCUCCAAAUAGAAACCAUUUUUAUAACGAAAGAAUGGCCAGACCUUCCAUUGGGAUCAAGAAGAGAGACAAGAAUGACAGUCCAAAGGACGCAGAGAAAAGUAUUGGAAAUCAAACCAUAGGUUAUCCAGAGCAAAAGGUGUCUAAUAUUUACAUCGAGGCCAAAAAACAUCUCUUGGAGAUGCUGAGCAAUGGGGAUGAAGUUGAGGAAUUCUCGAACAGACAGUUACCGGAAACACUAGGUAGGAUUCUCUCUCUUAAUGAGUUCAACUUUUCUCCGAUUUGCAGUCCUGGACAGGACAAGGAGCAAGGUUUUGCAACUGCACAGAUGAGAUUGUCUUCUUGCAACAAUCUUCAAAUGGUCAAUGAGAACACCUGGAGACUCAUACAAGAAAGCCAUGUUAAUCAUCAAGGUCCAUCAUGGCAAAACUUAGAGAGCGAAUCAUGCAUUAUUGGUGACAUCCCCGAUGACAUUGUACAAGCCCUCGACUCAAAUCUGGAAAUCUCAGAUGAGCUUAAAGAUGCUAACGCAGUGGUAGAAACCCUGUCUUCUACGAGAGAUGAAAUGAGCUCUAGAGGUGAUGUUGAUAUUUUAAAAUCAACUGAUACUGAAUUUCAGAAAGUGAGCAAAGUUCUGGAUGUUUUAGAAGAAAGCUCAUCAAUUACUGAUGAUGACCAGAAGGGCAAUGCAGUUUGUGAAGAAGAGGAAUCGUCCCAGUGCUUGAAAUUGGAUUCACUUGAUGAGGAUGAAUCACUGUAUUCUCCAUAUCGUCCAUCAAGCCUUUUGGUUGCCAAGGAAGUUGAAGAUCUAGAAAGUGCCAUUGAAAGACCAGAGCGGCCAAGUCCCGUAUCUGUGCUUGAGCCAUUAUUCACAGAAGAUGAGAUCAGCCCUGCAAGCAUCAAAUCCUUACCUGUUGUAGCACCAAUGCAAACAUUAGAUAUCCAUUUCGAAGAUCCGAUCUUUCCAGCUACAGAUCAAGGAAUAUGUGUAAGAACAUGCAUGGAGGAUGAGGAAUCUGAAUUUGAUUAUGUAGAGGCAGUGCUGCUUGGUUCUGGCUUGAACUGGGAUGAAUUUCUCUCGAGAUGGCUAUCUUCAAACCAUCUUCUUGACCCAUCAUUGUUUGAUGAAGUAGAAUUGUUUUCCAACCGAUCUCGGCAUGACCAGGAGCUCCUCUUUGAUUGUACUGAUGAAGUUCUUAAGGAGGUUUGUGAGUACUACUUUGGUUACUUCCCUGGGGCAUCAUUUGUAAAGCGGCACAUUCAGCCAAUCCCAAAAGGGAAGAAUAUCAUCCUUGAGGUAUGGAAAGGAGUUGAAUGGCAUCUUCUCCUACCGCCGCCACCACGUACUUUGGACCAAAUUGUUAGAAAAGACAUGGCAAGAACCGGAACAUGGAUGGACCUUCGAUUUGAUUCUGAAAGUAUUGGUAUUGAGGUAGCGGAAGCCAUUUUUGAAGAUUUGAUAAAAGACGUGUUAUUAACCUUUGUAGAUGAAAGUCCAAAAUGUGAUUUUUCUGAACUUCCCACUGAGUUGAAGGAAAACGAGAGUACCAUGUGUUCGUAAAGCCUGCCAACUUCAUUCAUUUUCCCCAAGAAGUGGCCUGCCUUGAGUCAUUUCUUGUAUACCAGGAGAAUAUGCUGGCUGCAUCAUCUUCCAAGUUAGUUUAGCGCGCUCUCUCUCUCUUGGAGCUUUCUAUGGACAAUUUCACACAACAUUUACAGCAGUUGCUACUGAAACCAUAUCAAUACGGUAGUUAGGGUUUCCAGUUCAUUAACAGAAAAUUAGGAUCUCUCCUUAGUCGAAGCCAAUAAAUAAAGGAUCCUCACUAUAUAGGAAGAAAUCGGAAUCAUUUAGUUCCCAUGCAAGUGCUCCUUUUGAAGAUACAAAACAUGUUGAGCUGACAGUUCUCAGCUGGUGGCUUAACACGGUGAAAUUGGAGGUGUUCCGAUCAUUGUAGAAUACAGGUUUGGUGUGUUUAAUGUGUUGUAUCUAGUUCUAAUAAGGUUUUUUUUUUUUUUUUCUUUUGGUUUGAUUUCAUUUAUUCUUACUUCUGUUUUCUGGUUUUGUUUUCACAUAGUACCUACUGUUGUAAUUACAACUUUGUGAGCAUCUGUGAGUUGUGACUAGUCAGUUGUAAAUGUAAAAGGACUGAAACAAAACAAAAAAAAUUGUUAUACACAUUGGACAGGCUUUGUUUGUUGUGUUUUGGA